AUGCUUUGUGAAUCAUUGCGUGAUCGAAUACAGCCAUGGCUUCGUGAUUACGACAGGCUUCAAUCAUUGGCCGUCAUCCUCCUCUACAUUCAGGUUGGGUGCGCAUUGGUGGGAUCGCUGGGAGCACUGUACAACGGGGUGUUGCUGAUAAAUCUGGCGAUUGCAUUGUUCGCUCUGGUAGCAAUCGAGAGCAGCAGUCAGAGCCUUGGCCGUACAUAUGCCGUCCUUCUCGUCUGCACCGUCUUCCUCGAUGUCUUUUGGUUCAUUUUCUUUUCCCACGAAAUAUGGAACCUUUCUCCUGGGAGUUAUACAAUUUGGUACAUCUUCUCAGUGAAACUCACUCUCGCCAUGCAAAUUGUUGGCUUUUCUGUGAGAUUAUCCUCCUCCUUCUUGUGGAUUCAGAUAUACAGGUUGGGCCUUUCCUAUGUAGAAACUAGUGCACUUCCUAGAGAAGCUGAUUUUGAUUUGAGAAAUAGUUUCUUGAGUCCAACUACUCCUGUUGUACCUCGACAAACUUCAGAUUCUAGUGAUGCUUUAGGAGGCUCUAUUUAUGAUCCAGCUUAUUACUCAUCACUCUUUGAAGAUGGUCAGGGAAAAUGUUACAGUGGCAAUGGAUCUACUUCUGCUGCUGAAGCUUCUAAGGAGGAGAAGGCAGCAGACCAGCCUAAUUCCGUUUAA